UUAGCUGGGUCAUAAAGAACGCAUGUUUCACCAUUUUAAUUCUCUCUCCCCCUCUUUAACUCACUCUUUCCUACUCCGCUCUUCUCCUCUUUCCUCCUAAAUUCUCUAAACUCCCUAUGUUCUUUUCCACCUCCUCAAACCCACCAGCCAAGACUUCUCUCUCUGUCUCUACCUUGAGCCACAAAAGUCACCAUGAACACAAAGACAAGUAAGAAGAUGAGAGGAUUCAUGUGCAAUUCACCGGCAGCGACAGCCGUGUGCAUCACCGGUGACGCCCGGUCAGUUAUAGUGCCGAGGAGGCCAGACAGAUCGUCGGUGGCGCUUGCCCAUCAUGCCAUGCUGAGCAACUCAUUAUCGUCCAAGUACACUCGCCUCGUUGAGUCUCAGAGGUUCUCUCCCUUCUCAUCUGAUAAUCAUCCCUUGAUGACUCGACCGACACUGCAAUUGUCAUCAUCAUCAUUCUUCCUCAGAGAUCGAGAACGAGGACGAAAACCAUCUUCCACUGCUUCCUCUUCCCUCACUUCAUCUACCUCCAAUCCCGUCUUUCAGGUGGUAGUUAUGAGAGUAUCCCUUCAUUGUCAAGGCUGUGCUGGCAAGGUGAAGAAACAUUUAUCUAAGAUGGAAGGAGUGACUUCUUUCAGUAUAGAUUUGGAGUCAAAGAGGGUAACUGUGAUGGGACACAUCUCACCUGUGGGAGUUCUGGAGAGCAUAUCAAAGGUGAAGAAAGCAGAGUUCUGGGGUACUAAGGAAGAACAUUAGGUAUACAAAGGAAGAAUAUUAGAUUUACCAAGGAAGGAGAUAAGAUGUUUCAGUGUUUGAUUUCUGUAGUUGGGACUUGGGGGUUGGGUGAAGUGGGUUUUAAGUUUUAACUUGGGCGGUCCAGGAAUUGGGACAUUUCAGUGCAAGACAUGAUAAGGUUGGGUGGGUUUGGUGGGUCAUGGGCUUAUGGGCUGAUGAGUAUGGGAAGCAGAGAUCAUGGAAUAUAGUUGGCAACAGUGGAAACCAGUAGGACUUGGAUGGCGAUGUGUAGUUGACAGGAGGUGGUCUUCAAAUUUGAUGCCUAAUUCUGGGAUUAUUGGUCUUAUUUGUAGAUAAAGACUUUCAGAUAUUUUUCCUUGUUUUAGUACUUAGCUUUUCUAUCUUAAGAUCUGAUUCAGACUA